UUUUUUAAUUGCGGAUUCUAUCGUUUACACAACCUCUCCAUUGGGACCCUACUAGUCGUACAUGCUCAGAGUUCGAGAAGCGGCAUUCCGGCACUUGACUCGGUUUCCUUCACCGCUUGAUUACGUCUUCUGGUUUCCUUAUGUGGUCCUUUCCACACGGAUUUUCGCCACCACCAUCUAUACGUUAGAGGAAGACAGCUCUGCUUCUAUUGACAGCACGCAUAGGGCUCCUUGAGCAGGGAGGGGUUUCCCCACAUCACUGCCACCUUAAGUC